AAUAGUUGUCGGUAAACGAAUAAAAUCAACUUAAACUUUGCAAAUACACUUAAAGUCGUUAAGCGGAACGCACAGUAUAUGAUUUCUAUCAGUUGUGUCACGGGUUAAAAAUAUUUUUUGCAAAUUUUUGGAAAUUUGUUAAAAAUGAAUGAAUUUUCCGGUUCGGUGCCGCAGUAUUAUCGGGAUGUAUACGACAUCGUAAGCAAGAACGAAGUUAUUUCGCAAGGUGUUUUCACAAAGUUGCUGGAAAGAUCUGGCCUUGAAAGAUCUAUAUUGGCGCAGAUAUACGAAUGCAUUGAUUGCAAAGGUAGCGUAAUCAGUCGUACAAAUCUUUACAAAGCUUUAUCCUUGGUUGCAUUUGCACAACAAAACAAACCGAUCUCUCCGAAACUUCUGGACAAUUUCCAGGGUGAAGAAUUACCGAAACCCAAGCUCGGAGAUUUGGAAUCCUUGAAAUUUUUCCUUAAACCAAAUAUUUCGACGCCGACAAUUCUUAACGUUUGUUAUGCUGAGUUUUGUAAUUAUGAUGUCAUUGAAGUCAAACUUGUGCCAGAGAAAAAGGGAAUCUUCUUAAAACAUUCCGAAUAUGAGAUUACGAGUCGGAGAAACAACUCCACAGUAAAGCGAAGAUAUAAUGACUUUGUCGCAUUCAAUGAAUUAAUUCAACAUUCUUUUCCGGACCGUAUGGUACCAAGGCUACCUCCAAAGAAAAUGAUGUUGUCCGCGGACCGUGACUUCAUUGAAGCUCGUCGAAAAUCUUUACGUCGAUUCCUUCUAAUUAUUAGUCGACACCCAGCGAUGUAUGACUCAGCACUUCUUCAAUUUUUCCUCACGUACACCGGACAUGAGGUUGUUCAUAAAAUAAAGGAACAGUUUAGGGGAAUCCCUGAUGAAUUUGAACGAAGUUCGUUGACCGAUCAAACCAAGGAUCUGGUCCCCCCCGAGACACAGACGGAGUUCGCAGCAAGCAAGGAACAUAUACGGCAAAUUACCACUCAUGUUGUAAAGUUACGAGAUAUGGCUACCAGGAUAUCUGAGCGAUCGAAGGGAAACGCGGCUGAUAUCCUAGGGUUCGGGAAAGAGUUAAUUGCCAUUGGGAAUGAUGGGACAACAGCUUCAGCUUGGGCAACAGGCGGAAAUGAUGUCAUCGCGACUUUGAAGCGAGCAUUCAGAAGUUUGUCGCACGAAUUCUCACUUAUAUCCGAGAAACAUUCGUUGCAGGGCAUACGAGAAGAAGAAGGGGUUCUCGACCAACUCAGUAUGUUGGUUGACAUAUUACAAGCUUACCAUAAUUUAUGCGAUCGUCACGAACGAGGGGUACUCCGUGACCACCAUUCAGCUUUGAAGAGAUACGGCAUGAUGAAAACGAAGCGAAUGGCUGCCACGGUUACCAAUAUGGAACAGGGAGGAGUCGACCGAAUUGAAUCAAAGAUAUUGGCUCAAGAACACGAAAUCGCAAAUCGCGAGAAUCGUAAUUUCUUCGCACUUCACUGCAUUCACCUUGAAACACAACUGGUUUACGCGAAUAUGCAAAUAUUGUCCGAAGUCGUCGGAACUCUCGUUGCAACGCAGAUAAAGGGGCACAAAGAGAUGAUGAAACUUUGGGAGGAUGUGGCGCCUCGUGUGACGGAUCUACUGCCGAAUGAAACUCGAUGAUCAAAAUUUAAUUAACUUUAUCAUUCACCAUUUCUCAGUGUUUGUAGCAAAUCAUCAAUUUGUUGCUCUAGUAUAUGAUUUCUAUGAUUUAUGAAGAACAUAUUCGUGCAAUAAUCAAACAAUCCUCCGUUGACGAUUUUAUUGCAAAUUUCAUGUUUCAUGUUUCAAUAUAAACAUUCAACAAAU